GGCAGUGGCCGGCGGGAUGUACCGGUCCUGGGUCUCAGGGUCUGCGGGUCCGCAGCGCCAAGGGGCGGCGGGCGGUGCAGGCAGCGAGGUGCUGCAGGCGGCCAGCGGGGGACGGCACUCGCUGCUGCUGCUGACCGACCACACUGUCCUCUCGUUGGGGGACAACAGCUGCGGCCAGCUGGGCCGGAGGGGCGUGCCGAGCGCGAAGCAGGCAGAACACAUUCAGGCACUGGAAACGCUCCAUAUCGAUGUUGUGAGCUGUGGGAAGGAACACUCGCUAGCCGUCUGUCACGAAGGAAAGGUUUUUGCUUGGGGAGCUGGUUCUGAAGGGCAGCUGGGGACUGGAGAACUUAAAGAAAUAAAUUUUACACCUAAGAGAAUAAAUGCUCUGGCUGGUAUCAAAAUAAUACAAGUUUCAUGUGGAAACUUUCAUUCUCUAGCAUUAUCAGAAGACAGCCAAGUCUUUUCAUGGGGAAAGAACAGCGAAGGCCAAUUGGGCCUGGGGAGGAAUGCCCCCAUGCAAAGUACCCCUGAGAGGGUGAGGUCCCUAGAAGGAAUACCGGUGGCUCAGGUGGCAGCUGGAGGAGCUCAUAGCUUUGCCCUGUGUCUCUCUGGGACUUGCUUUGGCUGGGGCAGCAACAAGGCUGGUCAGUUGGCUGUCACAGGCAAGAAUGUCCAAGUACAAAGCUACAAGCCCCUUUCAGUUGGUGCCCUGAAGACUCUGGGUGUGACUUACAUCAGCUGUGGACAUGAGCAUACUGCAGUACUAACCCAGGAUGAGAAAGUGUUCACCUUUGGAGACAAUAGCUUUGGACAGCUGGGAUAUGAGUCCUCUGCCCAGGUGAGAGGACCAAAGCUUGUAGAAAGACUGGAUGGCCGUGUUUCUCAGAUAGAUUGUGGAAGUUACCACACCCUUGCCUAUGUCUACACUACUGGUCAGGUAGUAUCUUUUGGUCGUGGACCAAAUCACUCAAGCAACCCAACUCAAUCAGAGGCUCCAAGAGAUACUUGUGACAUGACCUGCCUGAUUUCUGCGAAUGACCUUGAGAAUACUCAGAUCAAACACAUUUUUGCUGGGAUGUAUGCUGACUUUGUGACAAUCCAGAAGAAUGCUAGAUCCAGAGGUGUUUCUAAGAAAACACUGCCAGAAAUAAGCCAGAUUAAACCAUCUCUGGAGAAAAAAUGGAUAGCGGUGACAAGAGGAAGUGAUGAACAUGACUUGGCUAAAAGAGAAAUUACAGUGAUAUUUUCAUCUCCUGCUUGUCUGACUGGAAGUUUUUUGAAGAAAAGAGUAAUUGGAGGAACCACUUCCAUUGAUGUGGCCUUAGAAAGGGCAAGAAAUACCUUCAAGAAGUUAACACAAAUUGAAUGGAUUUCUUCCAUGAUAAGAACUUGUCUGGCAGAAAGAUUGCUCAAAGCUCUCCCAAGUCAUUCUCCACACCAAGAAGCUUUGUUGGUUUUCCUCCUACUUUCUGAAUGUCCUUUGAUGAGUGAUACCAUGAACUCGCAGAGCCUCUUGAUUCCAUUUGCAGAAGCCAUUUGUAAAAUGAGUCGAAAAUCUCUGCAAGUCCUGAAAAAAUGUUGGUCAUCCUUGCAAGCAUCUUCUCUGAACACGCUGGUCCAGAUGCUUAAAACAGCAGUCUUUCAGCAGUUCUUUUUGCCUGAAAAUUACCAUAAUAUUAAAACUCUUCUAGAAGCUAUGAGAGAAGUAUAUAAGGUAAACAAAAACACUCGUCAACUUCCAGAAGGCACUUUCAACAUAGAUGGACUCUACUACUCAUUUGACUUUCAUAGGGAGAGUCAGAGACUGCUCUUGAGAGAUGAAAAUCUGGCACUUGCAGAAAUUUCCAGUCCUAUUUUCUACGACUUUCCAUUUAUUUUUGAUUUGCAUUCCAGGAUGAAAUUAUUGCAAAUAUAUUCACGUAUGAAACUAUGGAAAUCAGGAGAAAUGACAUGUCCAAAUCAGGGGCCAGCAAGUAUGUUAAUGAACAAUGAACUAAGGAUGUUUAAACUGAAGGUCAGACGGUCUCACAUAAUUGAAGAUGCCCUGCGUCAGUUAAGCCAAGCUGAAAUUUCCGAUCUUUGGAAACCCUUAUUGGUUGGGUUUAUUGAUGAAAUUCGUCCUGAGACUGGAGUCAUCUUUGAGUUCUUCCAUUGUAUAUUUGAAGAGAUGACCAACCCUAAAUAUGGAUUGUUCACAUAUCCUGAUAAUGGUUCCUACAUGUGGUUUCCUACCAAUCCUAAGCUUGAGAAGAAGAAAUAUUAUCUCUUUGGAAUAUUAUGUGGGCUCUCCCUAUUAAAUUCCAAUCCUGCCAAUCUUCCUUUCCCACUGUCGUUGUAUAAAAAACUUCUAGACCAAAAACCAUCAUUGGAAGACUUGAAAGAUCUCAGUCCUCUUGUGGGGAAGAGUCUACAGGAAAUUCUUAAUUGUAAAGCUGAUGUCAUUGAAGCUGACAUUUAUUUUUCUAUAUACUGGGAUGAAAAUACUGUUGAUUUAGUACCAAAUGGAAGCUCUAUACCUGUGAACCAAACCAACAAGAAAGAUUAUGUUUCUAAGUAUGUUGAUUAUAUUCUCAACAUCUCUGUAAAGCCAAUUUAUGAGGAAUUUCAGAGAGGAUUUUAUAAGCUCUGUGACUGGAAAAUGGUUCAGUUCUUCAAGCCUGAAGAACUAAUGACAGCAAUAAUUGGAAAUACUGAUUAUGACUGGAAACAGUUUGAAAUGAAUUCAGUGUAUGAGCAAGGAUAUAACAAAUCACAUCACACAAUAAAGUUUUUCUGGAAGGCUUUCCACGAAUUAUCAUUGGCUGAAAAGAAAAAAUUUCUCUUGUUUCUUACAGGAACUGAUAGACUGUCUGUGAGAGGUCUGAAUGAUAGCAGAAUACGAUUUUGCUGUCCUGAAACUUACAGUGAAAAUGAUAUACCAAGAUCACUGACUUGUCAUAAUAUUCUACUCCUGCCUAAGUACUCUACAAUGAAGAGGAUGAGGAAAGCUCUUCAAGUGGCCAUCAAUAACUACAGAGGCUUUGUCUCACUGGAGGCUGGCCAGCAAUAAUCACCUCUUGAUUCUUUUUCACAUCUCAUUGAUAAAAGAGAUUGUAAGAUUUUAGUUAGGAUUACUUAGAAAAAUGUGAGGAUGACCAAUAAGCUAAUGAAAUCCAGAAUAAAUGAAAUUUUAGUGAAAUAAAA